AACGUAACGCUUUGCGAAAUUCAAUUUUCAGAGCACCACACAAAGACUGUGGAAAUUUGGGACACUCAUUGCGCAUUAACCCUUUUUGGUAACGGUGAAACCGGAAUCAUUUCCUAUCUCACAUGCCCUUUACCCUAUUACCUGAAUAUGGUUACAAAGAAAUCUGGUUUUAAGGAAGCACACUUGAACGCUGAGGAUUUGGUUGGAGUGAAAAUAUUGGUGGCAGACAUUUCCAUUACUAACUUUUUGCGUCUUGUGGGACAACAUCAGGGAUCAUUUGGAGGUCGUAGGGGGCAGGGUGGAAUGUGCAAGGUAUGCUUUCAGCAUGAUUUCCAAGACGACAAAAAGUUUAAGGAUUAUCCGAUAAGGUAUAUGAGUGUCAACAUAAUAUUAUCCAUCCACAAAAUCGAGAGUUCUUCGUGUACUAUCCGGGCACUAGGUACAAUUUUCGAGGCAUCACCGAACACCCUCCUUAGAGUCAAUCAUCCAUUAAUACUUGGUUCAUCGCGGGCCUAUAAUGGUUGGGGAGCAUCGAGAACUCUUUUGAUUUUUGAUACGAGGGAGUUCGAGACUUCAGUGAAAUGCGAACCG